AUGGCGACGCGACAAACCCGUCCACAACGAGCGCAGCGCCCUGCUCCUGCUUCACAUGAUGACUCUGACUCUGGCGACGAAACUGAACCUGAGACUCCUAGGCCCACUAAGUCUGCUGCCGGUCUUCGUAGGCGAAUCAGUGAAGUUCAGGACAAGAGCUACGACGAUGGGCCACGACCAGCCACGAAGACCGUGAACAUCAACGACGAUGCAGCAGAGAAGAGACGGAGGAGAAAGAGUACGAAGAUUACUGCCAUAGAUAACGCCGAGGCGGGGCCUUCGGGCGCUGCAGGUGCUGGAGAUGCGGAUGGUGUGGCGGGGGCGGCGAACACUUCGAGGACCACGACGGGAGGACGCAAGUCCAACGCAGUAGCACUUCUGGAGACGCCUGUUAUCAACGUUCCAACCGAUGUAAUGACCAGUAAUUUUGAAGAAUGGAUGAAGAUGGCCAUGGAUAAUAAAAUCAAUGCGGCCAAUUCCUGGAACUUUGCUCUCAUCGACUACUUUCACGACAUGUCGCUCUUACGCAAUGCGUCCGACGACACUAUCAACUUUCAGCGCGCCUCCAGCACCCUCGAUGGAUGUGUCAAGAUCUGGACUAGUCGUGUCGACAGUGUAGGCACAGAGACAGGCAAGCUACUCAGCAAUCUAGCCAACGAGGGUCGAGCGGACGAAGACGAGGCAGAAGGAUCGGACAACCCAGAUUCUCAAGACCCAUCGCAGCCACGGAAGAAAUCGAAAGCUAAGGCCGAGGCAACCUUGGCGAAGAAUGCCGCGCAACUGAAGAGCAAGAAGCUUGAUCUCGAGUUCAGCGUCGACCCUCUCUUUAGGAAGACCUGUGCGGACUUCGACGAGGGUGGGGCUAAUGGCUUGUUGAUGAAUCAUUUGAGCCUGGGGGUCGGCAGCGAGGGAGGAUUGAGGGUUAUCUUUGACGCUAGUGACUCUAUGGGACAAGAAGACGCGGACGAGACAGAGGAUCGAGACGAGCCAGUUGAGGAGGUUGAUUUGAGUCAGCUUCGCCAGAAAUAUCUCCCGGAUCUGGAUGCCCUUGACUCGAAAGCUAUUUGCCAUUCCCUAGAUGACUUCGCAUUCUCCAAAGAUCCGUUCUCAUUCGACGAGUCCACUAUGUUCCGUGAACCCAGCCAAGCUCCGCUUGACGACGACGCUGAUGGCGGCGACUUCGGUGCACCUCAAGACACCUAUGGCUCCGCUGUUAACGUGGAUGGCGAUGGCGCGGGCCCUGCACUGGAGGAGGACUUUUUCGCAGGCAACGAUCCCAUGGACACCUUCGAAGACGCUGGCAUGAGUCCCGAGGGCAUGGACGAUGGUGCUACCCCUAGCUUCGACAACGAGCAGUACAACGCUGGUGCUGGUGGUGAACAAGGCGGAGGUGCUGGCGCUGGAACCGGUCCAUAUGGACCGUUUGACCCUCGACGGAUGCGGACUGAGAGUGACAGGAUUAUAGCGAUGACAGAGGGCGAUGGGCAGGGAGGGAUGAUCGAGCUGUUUGACCAGUCAUUCUUGAAGAAUUGGGCAGGGCCUGAGCAUUGGAAAUUACGCAGGGUUGUUAAACGUCCUGAACCGAAUGCGGAGGCGUCUGGAAAGACGAAGAGAGACAAGAAGGAGGCUUUCCGAAUCGAUUUCCUGACCCCCGCUGAAAAGGACUACAAGGAAACCGCCAAGACACUUUUCGCCCCCGUCACCAAAGGUGCUGGUAUCAAUCUACCGAAGUCCGGACCGUCGACCAAGACGAGGAAGGGAAAGAAAGGUGGCAAGGAGAAGGAGAGGGAAGACUAUACCCUUCCUUACGACAUGCACUUUACCAGCAAGAAACUUGAUAAUCUCUUCUUGAAGCCCGACUUCAGGGUUAGCAUGCGUCAUCAGAACGGUCGCAACAACCAGCAAGGUGAUGGCGAAGUCGACGAACAUUUCUGGGCUCAGGCAGCUGCAGAUCAAGCUGCUGCGCGCAAUCAGGAUGGCGACGACACUAUGGAUGAGGGUGGUAUCCCCUUCAACACACAAUUCUUCCAGGAUGACUUCAACGACGGCGCUGAUUUUGACGAUGACAUUGGCCCCAGCGGAAUCGAUCCUGCCGAGCAAGACCUGCUCGCAGCUACUCAGGGUCAAUCGAGGAGAGUACGUCCCGAGAGAGUCAACUUCACGAAGAAGGCGAAGAAGGUGGAUGUCAGAAAGUUGAAGGAUAAUAUCUGGAAGAGUUUGGAUAUCAUCUGCCCGGAGAAGAAGGAGGACGAUGAAGAGGAUGUUUCGAUGGAAACUGACGAAGGGACAGAUCCGAACGAGGCUCGCACGUUCGACACUGUUAUUACUGGUCUCAAAGCGUCCUAUCCUCCGGACAAACUCUCUGAUCUCAGCACCAGUUUCUGCUUCAUCUGCCUUUUGCAUCUUUGCAAUGAAAGAGGCCUGAAGCUGAAGGGUGGAAUCGAUGAUGAUGAGGUUCCGUACGACGAGCCGAUGGAGGAAGAUGAAGAGACCGAGAAGGAUAAAGUUGGUAACAUCUGGGACAUCAAGGUUUUCCGCGAUCCGACUGCUAUACCAGCAGCAUAAGCUUCCACGUAUUCAGAGGCUCAGUGACCUGGUUCUCGCCACAUCUGUGGCGUGUAAAUAUUUGUGUUUCGAGCUAUCUUAUAACUUUUCCUUCGAACAUCUGUAUCCAUCUAUCUCUUUGAUUACUCUAAAUGACUGCGUAACGACAUCUAUCCCG